AUCACAACAACAACGAAAGAAAAAAAAUCAAUUUUUUUAUUUAACUGUGGAAAUAUCAAGGAUUAUCACAUUAAACAAACUCAUUCGCGAUGAUUCAAGCUAUUCUUGUGUUCAAUAAUCAUGGAAAACCGAGACUUUCAAAAUUUUAUACGUAUUUUAAUGAGCAUCAGCAGCAGCAAAUAAUCAAAGAAACAUUCCAGUUAGUGAGUAAGCGAGAGGAUUCCGUAUGUAACUUCCUCGAAUAUCCAGGAUCAUUCCUUAUUGAUAAUUCAAGUUCAGAUUGUAAAUUAAUUUAUCGUCACUAUGCUACGCUGUACUUUGUAUUUUGCGUUGAUAGCAGCGAGAGUGAACUCGGCAUUCUCGACUUGAUUCAAGUUUUUGUUGAGACACUCGACAAAUGCUUUGAAAAUGUAUGCGAAUUAGACUUAAUUUUUCACGCUGAUGCUGUACACUACAUUCUCAAUGAACUAGUCAUGGGUGGAAUGGUUUUACAGACAAAUAUGAAUGAGAUUCUUGCCAGAGUUGAGGACCAAAGUAAAAUAUCAAAAUCUGAGGCUGGAAUAUCAGCAACUGGAGCAUCACGCGCAGUUUCUGCUAUGAAAAAUAUUAAUCUUCCCCAAAUUAAAGACAAAGUCUUUGUCGAUUUACCCGAUAAGUUACGUGACUUUAAAUUUUGACCCCGAGCGCUUGAGCCACCUCCGACUGUUUCCCUUGAUGCAACAAGUAUGUCAGCAUUUAAAUUGGACUAUUAUCAAAAUGAUAGUGGAUAUACUGAACUGAAAGGUGAUCUGAAAAAAUAAUGAAUCUUAAUGAAAUUAAAUAAUGGAACCACGAAUCAAUUAGACAAAACGAAACACGAGGAAUCAUUCAAAAUUUUAUAAAAUAAAAUAUUUAAAUGAAACUUAUCUCUCCGUACAUAUGAC